AUGUCUGUCAUGGGAGAUUACAGCUCUUCGGAGCUCACCAUUACCGUCCUCGGUUGCGGAACCAUGGGCAUUGCCAUCCUCAACGGCAUCUUCACUUCCCUGCUGGAGAUGCAGGCUCCCAAGCCUCUCCAGAUACUCCACACCCCUUCGGCAUCGGGCACUUCCACCCCUCUGAACGAGGAGGUCCCCUCUCGCCUGCCUUCGCGCUUCAUUGCCUGCGUCCGUCGUCCCGAGAGCGCUAAGAAGGUGAAGAAGGCCCUGUGGGAGCACUCCUCCAUACUCAAAGUCGUCCAAAACGACAACGUCAACUCGGUCCACCAGUCGGACGUCGUCAUCCUCGCCUGCAAGCCCUACAUGGUCAAGGACGUCCUCAGCGAGGCCGGCAUGACCCGCGCCCUGCACGGCAAACUCCUCAUCAGCAUCUGCGCCGGCCUCACCGAGGAACACCUGGAAGAGAUCCUCCACGGCGCCGUGCCGACCAAGGACCCCGAGGAAGACGGCCGAUGCCGCAUCAUCCGUGCUCUCCCCAACACCGCCUCUCUCAUCCGCGAGAGCAUGACCGUCAUCGGCGCGCCGACCUACCCCUUGCCCCGCGAUGCCGCCAACCUCGUCACCUGGAUCUUCAAGCGCAUCGGCGACGUUGUCUACCUGCCCGCCAACAACAUGGACGUCAGCACCGCCCUCUGCGGUGCCGGCCCGGCCUUCUUCUCCUUGGUCCUCGAGGCCGCCAUUGACGGCGCCGUUGCCAUGGGUCUCCCCCGCGUCGAGGCCACGAGAAUGGCUGCCCAGACUAUGAAGGGCGCCGCGGGCUUAGUCCAGAACGGUGAUCAUCCCGCUCUCCUUCGCGACAAGGUUACUACACCUGGUGGGUGCACCAUCGGCGGUCUGUUGGUGCUUGAGGAGGGUCGUGUGAGAGGCACCGUUUCGCGCGCCGUGCGUGAGGCCACUGUUGUUGCCAGCCAGCAGGGCCAGGGCAUUCAGGGAGUAAACGGCAUUCGUUUCCCUCCGCAGUCAGGAUACCCUAAUUUCUAG